AUCAGAGUUGACCUUUCAGCUUCAAAUCAACCAUGACCCGGAAAUGAUCGUUACACGUGUGUGUUUUUAUUUUGCGGUGUGUGUGUGAACUGGCUGUGGUUCAAGAUUUCGGGGCAAUGACGACAGAAAAACGAUGCGAGGUUUGCAAUGAACACAUUGCCAAAUAUCGCUGUCCUCGAUGUACAUUAAGAACAUGCAGUUUGCCUUGUGUGAAGACACACAAACAGAACAACGACUGUGACGGCAUCCGAAAUAAAGUUAGUUAUGUCACGGUCAAGAAUUUCACUGAAAGUCACCUAAUAAGCGACUAUCGCUUUCUUGAGGAUGUUGACCGGAAAAUUGAUAAUGUUGCGAGGGAAAUGAGACACAAACACAGAUUUAUUCCUCGCUAUUUGAUGAAUCUAAUCCGUGCAGCUAAGUCCAGGAAAACAACUCUCAAGAUCUUACCAUUUGUGUUCACAAAACGAAAAGAGAAUUCCACAAUUUGGUUAUCAAGACAAAAACAACUUUUGUGGCACGUUGAGUUGAUAUUUCCACACUGUGAUGUAAAAUACAGUGAACGAAGAGUCUCUGAGAAAAUCUGUCUUAGAACCCUUCUAGAGAAAUACUUGCAUCCAGUGAAUAGUGACCCAGUUAUAAGACAUAGGUUAAAACAAUACGUUUUAAGAGGAUUUGAUGAAAUCAGAAUUGUUAUGAAAGUAGAAAGAAGAAUGGCCAAGUCUACAAGGUAUAUGUUGCUAGAUUUAGACAGAUCCUUGGAAGAGAACUUGGCUUCUAAAUAUAUUGUGGAAUAUCCCUCAUUGUACGUAAUAUUAGCGGAUCAUAUCAAAGAUUAUCCAAUCCUGGGUGAAGUGAAAACAGAUUGUAGCAGUUCCAGUAGUGACACAGACUCCUCCAGUGAUAGCGAGAGUAACACCAGUGGUAGUAUGCAUGAUGUUGCACCUGACAGAGGGAGGGUGAAUAGUAAUGGAGACAGUCCUUCGAAUGAUUCAAAGGACUUAAAAGGGAAGCAUAACAAGCAGGAAUGUGAAAGAAAAGGUAUUAAACAGAAUGAUGCUGAUGAUUUUAGCGAUAUACUUUGUGGAAAUAUUAGCGUGACAAGUAUGGAGGCUGUAAACAAAGUGACAACAGUGAACUUGAUGGAUGAUGUGAACUUGUUAACAAAGGGAAAUGAAGGACAAGACCAUUAUGACCGACCAAGAGAAUCAUGUACUGAACUUGAGUCCACGAGAGAUGAGAAAGUCGAGAUGGAUUUAAAUUAUGAUUGUGACGUGAAGUAAGACCAAAAGAUGUUAGAUUGAAAGGAG